AGGAGGCAGAUACAAGCAUUAGCACACUGCCAGAGUUUCAGCAAUGCAGAUUCCUCUCUCCGUCCUUAGCUGCUCUUGCUUUCAGUCUGCCAGUCAAAGGCAGAAAGAAAAGGAGAUCAGGGACGAGGACAAGUGUUAGAGGAAUCCCUUGACAGCUGAAAGAAGAGGAUUUCUUUCCUUUUCACUGAGCCCAGCAGAAAUUUCAGAGGCACUUGACAAAGAUGCUUGAGGCUGGGAGUUAAACGCCCUCCACCUGAGAGAGGGGCGGCUGCUGGUCCCAGAGGCCCCUGCCUUGCAGGGCGGGUGAAGGGCCCUCACAGCCCUGCGUGAGCCUGGACCAUGGGGGAUGGAGGUGCCUGUGCCGCCGGAGGAAACGUGGUGAAUCGAUCCCACGUCCUGUUCGACAACUUUGUCCAGGCGAGUACGUUUAAAGGCACACUCAAGGCCUUCCACGAGUUCUGCGAGCACCUGGAAGUCAAACCGACCGACCACAGGAUCUUCUAUCUCAAGCUCAAAUCCAAACUCAACUACUGGAAGGCCAAGGCGCUCUGGGCAAAGCUCGACAAGAAGGCCAGCCAAAAGGAGUACAAGAAGGGACGUGCAUGUGCCAACUCAAAGUGUCUAAUCAUCGGUGCGGGGCCAUGUGGCUUACGCACUGCCAUCGAGUUGGCUUUCUUGGGAGCCAAGGUUGUGAUUCUGGAGAAGCGGGAUGCUUUCUCCAGAAACAAUGUGCUGCACCUUUGGCCCUUCACCAUCCAAGACCUCAGGGGCCUCGGGGCCAAGAAGUUCCACGGGAAGUUCUGCGCCGGUGCUAUCGAUCACAUCAGUAUUCGUCAGCUUCAGCUAAUGCUGCUCAAAGUGGCUCUCCUCCUGGGCAUCGAGAUACACGUCAACAUAGAGUUUAAAUCUCUCAUCGAGCCACCUGAUGACCAAGAGAGCGAGAAAAUCGGUUGGAGGGCUGAGGUCCACCCUAAGACACACCCUGCCAGCGAGCUGGAAUUUGAUGUCAUUAUUGGAGCAGAUGGAAGGAGAAACACGCUACCAGGGUUUCGGCGCAAGGAGUUCCGGGGGAAGCUCGCCAUUGCCAUCACCGCGAACUUCAUCAACAGGAACACAACGGCGGAGGCGAAGGUCGAGGAGAUCAGCGGUGUGGCCUUCAUCUUCAAUCAGAAGUUCUUUCAGGACCUCAGAGAAGCAACAGGAAUUGACCUGGAAAAUAUUGUCUACUACAAGGAUGACACGCACUACUUUGUGAUGACUGCCAAAAAACAGAGCCUGUUGGAAAAAGGAGUCAUUCUACAUGACUAUGCAGACACGGAGCUUCUGCUGUCCAGGGCCAAUGUGGACCAGGCGGCUUUGUUGUCUUACGCGCGCGAGGCUGCAGAUUUCUCCACGAACCAUCAGCUGCCUACCCUGGACUUCGCCAUCAACCAUUACGGCCAGCCUGACGUGGCCAUGUUCGACUUCACAUGCAUGUACGCUUCCGAAAACGCCGCCAUGGUGCGCCAACGCAAUGGCCACAAGCUGCUGGUAGCACUUGUAGGUGACAGCCUAUUAGAGCCGUUCUGGCCCAUGGGUACUGGCAUCGCCCGAGGAUUCCUGGCAGCCAUGGACUCUGGCUGGAUGGUGAGGAGCUGGGCGCAGGGAAAGUCUCCCCUGGAGGUUCUGGCUGAAAGGGAGAGCAUAUACCGACUUCUGCCUCAGACCACACCAGAAAACGUCAGUAAGAACUUCAGUCACUACAGUGCGGAUCCUACUACACGCUACCCCAACAUUAGCCUUAACUUCCUUAAGCCCAGUCAGGUGCGGCACCUCGUCGACACGGGAGAGUGCAGGGAAAUUCGUAUCGAAAUCGAGAACGUGAUCAACUCGUCCACACCAAAGUUGACAAGGAAUGCCAAUUACCUGCUUGACAAACAGUUGCAAGAAUCCGUUGCUCGAUCCAGUAAACUACUCAACUGGUGCCAGAGACAAACGGAGGGAUACAGGAAUGUUAAUGUGACGGACCUGACUAUGUCGUGGAAGAGUGGCCUGGCGCUGUGCGCACUCAUUCACCGGUACAGACCUGACCUCAUUGACUUUGAGUCUUUGGAUGAGGGAGACCAGGAGAGGAACAACCAGUUGGCUUUUGACGUGGCAGAGAAAGAGUUUGGCAUCUCGCCAUGCAUGACGGGCAAAGAGAUGUCUUCUGUGGUGGAGCCAGAUAAACUCUCCAUGGUCAUGUACCUCAGCCAGUUUUAUGAGAUGUUUAGGGACACAGUGCCACCUGGCGAUAACCACAACUUAAGUCCAGAAGACAAGGCUGCGCUGAUAGCCAGCACAAAGUCUCCCAUCUCCUUCCUUAGCAAGCUGGGUCAGAGCAUAGCGAUCUCCAGGAAACGAAAUCCCAAGGACAAAAAGGAGAAGGAUGUUGACGGUUUGGGGAAAAGAAGGAAAACUAGCCAGUCUGAAGACGAGGAGGCGUCCAGGACUGGCCGUGACGACAGGCAGUCGGUCCAAGCUGCCCUGUCCGACAGAAAAACGGACUCUGCCGCUGUGGGGAACAACAACAAAGUGAAGGUCAUGGCCACCCAGCUGCUUGCCAAGUUUGAAGAGAACGCUCCUGCGCAGCACACAGGACUCAAGAGACAGGCGGACUCCCUGCCCAAUCUGGACCACUUCUUGUCCCUUUCCCCACCGCAAACCCCUGUGAAUGAGCCAUUGCGCCUGGCACCUGUCCCAGCAUGGAGAAAGAGACGCACGCAGCAGCAGGAGAAGCUGAGCAUUCGCUAUAAAGAAAUGGUCAAGUGUCAGACACUGCCAAGCAGAGGGGAACAGGCCAGGCGUGCUGCAGAGCAGGCGUCCAGCUCCAGCUCUCGGAGCUGUCCAAAGAAAACCAUUCUGCUUCCUUCUUCCUCCUCCACUUCCUCGCUCUCUCUUCACUCAGAGAAUAUCCGUCCAGAGGAGGAUGAGCUUGAAUACUAUGAAAGGCCUCUGACACAAGGGGAGGGGAGCGCAUUUCACCUAAAUGAGCCGGGACAAAUUCACAUACCUGGGAUUCAGGAGAGGGCAGAGCGUCUCAUUUCCAAAUUUAAGGGCAGAUCUGACAAACCACCAAAGCCAAAGAAAAAGCCGUCCCGUUUCUUUUUAGAGCAGUGGCAAUUGUCCCGGGGCCUGGCUGUAAGUGCCACUUCACCACUGUCCUCUCCCGAUGCUUUCAGAAAGGAGCCAGCAAAGCCUCAGGACUCUCAUCACAUGCCCGUGUAUGUGCUUAGUAUUCAGGAGAGGGCUGAGCAACUUGCCUCUCAGUUGGAGGGCAAGUCAGCCAGACCCCAGAAAAAACCCUCACGUUUUUUUAUGGAACAGUGGCACCUGGCCCGAGGGCAUAGUCCCCCCGAUUCUCCCCCUUCCACCGGUGACGACUUGAGACAGCACUAUGUAAGGAUGUACACAGGGGGAGUGAGCUCACGGGCUGAACAGAUAGCCAGUCAGCUUCAGUCUCAGGAAGAGUCCGAGCCCUCACAUGUGCCAGAAAAAAGGGAUUUGGGCUCUCUCAGGAAAGAGUUCCCUGUCAACAUUGGAGGCAGCGACGUCUGCUUCUUCUGUCGAAAGCGUGUGUAUGUGAUGGAGAGGCUCAGUGCAGAGGGGAAGUUCUUCCAUCGCAGCUGCUUCAAGUGCGAGUACUGCAACACGACGCUCCGACUGUCCUCGUAUGCCUUCGAUGUGGAGGAUGGGAAAUUUUACUGCAAGCCUCACUACUGUUACCGCCUGUCUGGCUAUGCUCAGAGGAAGAGGCCUGCUCCCUCUCCUGCUCCAGCCUCAGCUAAGGAUAACCAGACGCCCCAAAGCCCCAUGGCAACCGUAGAUGCCCCCGGAAGGCCGCUGGCAGCAACGGCCUCUUCUGCAGAGCUCCAACCUUCAGCGCCAGAGGUCAACGGCCUCCAGGAGCCCAGUUUGGCGAAGCGACUGCGGGGAACUCCGGAGCGCAUCGAGCUGGAGAACUACCGCCUGUCCCUGCAGAAGGAGGAGGAGCUGGAGGAGGUGCCGGAGGAGACGCUGGCAGAGCACAACCUCAGCAGCGUGCUGGACAAGGCCGCGGACGCCGAGCUGGGCUCCAGUAGCUCAGAGUCAGACAUGGAAGAGGAAGAUGAACAGGAGGAGGAGGUGGAGGGAGAGGGAGAGGGAGAAGAGCAGCUUCCCAGCCCUUCGGACCUCGGUGGUGUUCCCUGGAAGGAGGCGGUGGAGCUCCACGCCAAACUAAGGGGCAGCUGCGACGAGGAGUCGGAGAGUCAGGCUCCGGCAGAUGCGGUCAGCAGGGAUGGAGACGUGGAUGAAGAGGAAGAGGAUGAGGAGGAAGAUGAAGAGGAAGAAUCAAGCGAUGAGGGGGAUUACUGCCCCUGGGACAGAGAGCUCCAGUCAGGCUUUUGGCUGGAGAAGUACCUCGCAGACGUCGAGGAUGUUGGUACAUUUAAAGCCAGGAACCUGCACAUCCAACAAGUCCUGCUGCCCGUGGAUCCAAACAGCCUUCCAAGUUUGGGGAGAACCCACUUGGACUCUGAGGGAGACGUGGAAGGUCAGCUGGCCUCAGCAGCCCUCCAUCUCCCCCAGCCCUGUGAGAUCCCGCAGCCCUCCUCCUCCACAGCUCCCGCCCACACAUCCACCCGACAUGAAGCAGUGAGAGUCUGGUUGGAGUCCUUGUCUGGAGAACUCUGUGAAGAUGAAGAACUGGAAGCAGAAGCUGACAGUCCAGAUGUGGAGCUUGAUGCAGAGUUGGAUCAGGAUGACAUCCCUUCGGAUGCAGAAGCUGAGGCUCGUUUGCACCAAUCAGAGGACAACGAAGCACCUUAUGAGGAAAACAAGACACCGGAAAGUCUCGGCAUGGCCUCUAGCAUCGAACCAUCCAGCAUCAGUCCAGUGCAAAAAGAGGAUAUUGUUCUUUCUCCCGUCGAGCCAUCACCGGAGCCUGAACCACAGGUGACUCCAGCGAAGUCUCCUGGCACCCACUUUUUCACAGAUCCUUUCAUAACCGAGGAGGCAACGCCUGAGGAGGCGGCCGUGUGUCCUGCUGUCAGGAGCCCACUGAGCCCGCCGUCGCCAACCCAAGUCCCGGCUUCUUCCUCUGUCCCGUCUCCUGCUUCCCCUGCUGCUCCCGUCAACGUCUCGUCCUCUUCACCUACCGCUUCAGCCGCCACAUCACCCUUCGUCUCCCCGGGGAAGCCAGUCGUCGAGUCACCCGUCAGGUCACCCGUCAGGUCACCCGUCAGGUCACCCAUGACCUCGCCAAUCUGCUCCCAGCCAGCCCCCCUCCCGGAGACUCGCACACCUACACCUCCCGUUUACCCUCACCGCUCCAUCUGCCCCCUCACAGGGAACCCUCUCUCUCCCAUCUGUGCCCAACCCUUACCUUGCCACGAGCCCUCGUCGCCCCUCGCCACAGAUUCGCCUGUCAGGACUCAGCCGGUUGCCGUGGUCACCUCCACGCCCGGGACCAAGACGGACGAGGGCACUCCCGAACCUUCGGUGUCUUCGGAUUCCUCCAGUGAAGAGACUCUGUCAAAGAAAGCGGACAUCAUUGAGGAGUUUUGGUUGAAGAGUGCCGAGAUAAGGAAGAGCCUCGGCCUGACUCCUCUGGACCGCAGCAGUAAAAUCUUGGAGAAGAGUGUCAGUAAGACUCCACCGCAGGAGCCUGCUCCUGCUAAGACCCAGACACCAAAAGUGUCAGAGGAGCAGAAGCCUGCCUUUACCGGCCGCACCGUCAUCCGCAGACUGAACAUCACUCUCGAGGGUCAGGUUAUUACCCCCAUCGCUCCUGCGGAGGCCAAGAGCGAUGGCUCGGAUAAGCGGGACAUGAGCAGCAGCUCGGGCUUGGGCCUGAAUGGAAGCCUGGCCACCAGCCAGACGGUGAACAGCGACAGCUACAACACAUCCGACUCCAUCAUGCUCACCCCACCUUCCAGCCCGCCACCACCGGUGCCAGCUAACCAGUCUCCGGCCGUGCUCCGGCAGCAGAGGCCCCAGGUGUCCUGGAGCAACGGGACGGACCAGCUUCCGCCCGAACGCGCCAAAGAGCCAGCACAACGCAAGUCCCCCGUUCCCGCACCCAGGACUCAGCUGAGCCCCGUGGCCGCUCCCAAACCUGCACCCAGGAAGGUUUCCCCGCCUCAGGCCGCAUCGGAAACGCCUCCGGUGGUCGUCAUGCGGGAAAAGAAGAAGCCCCGACCGGCCGACGUGAGGAAAUCAUUCGUGGAGACUGUGGAAGAGAUUCCGUUUGCUGACGACGUGGAGGAAACGUACGACGAGCGGACGCCAGAGAAGAGCACGAACAAGUACUCCACUCCGCCGAGCAGCAAGCCCAGCAAGCCUCCGCUACAUCUGGCGUUGGCCAUGGAAAAUGGUAAACCCAAUAUUCCAGCCAACCCGAUGUCUAAGGCUCAAAGGGCGACUCAGUUUUCGGCAGAAGCCAAGGAGAUCGCUGAGGAGAGAAUCAGGGCCAGAGAGAAGUCUGUCAAGAGCCAGGUUUUGAAAGACGCCAUGGCUAAGCAGCUCAACAAAAUGAAAGAAUCGGACACGGACAAGGGUGCUUCACCCAAAGUGGCCUGGAGUGCGGCUGAAAACGGAAAAAGGUCAGCCGGAUCUCCGAAGGCGUCGGCCGUGAAGACUCCGGAGACGAAGAAGGCGGAGGGCGUGCCAGAGCGUUUCUUCAGCAGCAACAAAAGCCUCGACAGCUCGGUGGCGUCCUCGGACGGCUCCUCGUCGAGUAAAAGCAAAAAGCGGAGCUCCCUCUUCUCGCCGCGCAAGAAUAAGAAGGAGAAGAAAGCCAAAAACGACAGCAGCAAGAACUCGGGCACCGAGGAGACGCCACCUAAGCACAAGUCGCUGUGGAAGGCCGUCUUCUCGGGAUACAAGAAGGACAAGAAAAAGAAGGAUAACAAAUCCUGCCCGAGCACGCCGUCAUCCAGCUCCACCACGCAGGACUCUGGGAAGAAAAGGACGUCCCCUAUCGGAAAAUCUGCAGACUUGAAAUCGCGCAGAAACUUGAGCUUCUCUGAGGACUCCGACUUAUCCUGCGAUGAUGUUUUGGAGAGAUCUUCCCAGAAAUCAAAGGCAGACCUGCACAUGGACAUCUUUGACCUAGUAUCAGGCAUGCAGAAGGAAGCGAUAAAGGAGGAAAAACUGGAAAAGGAGAAAAGGAGGGUGUUGAAGGAAAAUAAAUUGGGGAAAGAAAGGCAUAAAGAAAAGGAGCGGGAGAAGGAGGCUCACCGAGAAAAGGAGAAGGACAAUGAGGAGUCCGUUUAUGUCCCUCACGCACUGGCGUUCAAGAGAUCGUACGCCACAAAGAAAACCUACACGGAGGAGGAGCUGAACGCCAAGCUCACGCGCCGAGUCCAGAAAGCUGCACGACGACAAGCCAAGCAGGAGGAACUCAAGAGGCUGCACAGAGCCCAGAUCAUCCAGAGACAGCUGGAGCAGGUGGAGGAGAAGCAGAGGCAGCUGGAGGAGAGGGGUGUAGCCGUGGAGAAAGCACUCAGAGGAGAAGCAGGGAUGUAUAAAGGUACUUAUACAUUACCCAAACAGCACAAAAGAAGAUCAGACUAUUGGGGAGAUUCUAAUUACAGUGAAAUCCUGGACUUGCAUCUGGGCGGUAUGGGCAAGAAAGACGAUCCCAAACUAAUGCAAGAAUGGUUCAAGCUGGUGCAGGAGAAGAAUGCGCUGGUUCGCUAUGAGUCUGAGCUCAUGAUCUUCGCCAGAGAGCUGGAGCUAGAGGACCGUCAGAGCCGACUGCAGCAGGAACUCAGGGAGCGGAUGGCUGUGGAAGACCACCUGAAAACUGAGAAGGAGCUUGCUCAGGAGAAGCAGAUCCUGAAUGAGAUGCUGGAGGUGGUGGAGCAGCGCGAUGCACUCGUAGCCCUCUUGGAGGAACAGAGACUCCGGGAAAAGGAAGAGGACAAGGACCUAGAGGGCGUCAUGCUCUCUAAAGGAUUCAAUCUCAACUGGACCUAAAAGGAAUUGCAAGAUUGCUCAUCAUGUUUUGGGGAAAGGCUCUGACCUGUUGGCGGCAUCCUGAGUCUGACACAGUUGUCUUUCUUCUGAUUAGUCUUUUUUUAACAUCUACAUAUGCAGUUGGUCGAAAACUGUCACACCUACAGCAUUGAAUGUUUAAAUGUUCCUCCAACACAACACACACUAAAGCUGACUCUGACAUUGGAGCAGUCUGCAGCGUUUAUAUUUUCUUCUGCCUAAAGGCAGUCCAAAUUAAUCACUUUGCAGUUUUGUUCGCGCUUCCUCUGCGUGGGAGGAGAGGAGAGUGAAUAUUCACAACUUUAUCAUCCCAGCCUUGAUGUGGAUCCUUUCCUGCAGGGAGGGGAGUGGCUUCUGGGAGAACGUGUGAAGGUUUCAUUCUUGGUUAUUUAAAGGGAAGAACACGGUUCAGUCCUGCUGAUGUAAAGGAAUUGUAAAAUGUGGUGUUUUUUUGUGUAUAGCUGUGUAGAACAAUUGACAUUUUCAGCUGAUGAGGGUCCUCUCUUUUCCACAUCGGACUGCUGCAGAGGUGUGUUGAAAUGUCCGUGCAAUGUUUCCAGGAUCUUUAGUCUGUAGGACUGACAUUUUCUGCUGAAGCUGCCUUCCCCCCACCCCCUCCCCCCCCCCCACUAACACACUGACUUCAGCAUCCUAAUGAACCACAAAUAUGACCUGAAAGGAUCGAUUUCUGCCCCUUGUAUUUCGUGUCACAUAAGUCUCUGUUAUCUGUGGCCAUUUUAAUUUUUUAAAAUCUUUUUUUCUUUGCUUUCUUUUUUUUUUUAAUAUCAUGCAUUCACAGGAGAGUGCCCAGAAUCUCAUUAUCCAGCACUUGUGCAUUACUCUUACACUCCCAAGCAAUAGCAUGUCAGCAACAAAGGCUUGCAGGCACAAAGAAGAGCUUUUAUGUAAGUGUUUCACAUCACUCGGUAAUGAUGGGCCUCUCUGUGAAAAUCCAUUCACUGUGUACCACACUGACAGUUAAAGUUUACAGACACUUUUCCCAUGUUAGAUUUUAGUGGUUCCUGCUGUGGACCAAUACGACUGUUGGAAAGGUUAUUGGAAGGAGCCGUGUUAAGCGAUCUCAUGAAGUUACUGUUAAUGGGAGAUCAGCAGAGUUAUUAUCGGUGACUUUGGUGGAUUUGCUGUGAUAUCUUAGGAGUACACAACAAUAUAUAACAGUGUUAAUACGUUAUUAUCGAACAAGAUGCCUUUUUCAUUUUCACUUUCCAUGCUUUAGUUCUAUUUAAGUUGUUUUUUUUUCUGUAGCAUCAUCACAUGUAAAUCCCACUGGAAUUGGACAGUUUUACUUUUUCCAUACACGUUUAUGUAGCAGACAUAUCAUUUAAAAGAUUUUAAAAAAAAAAGCAGCAAGCUACAUGUUUAAUGGGCAUCUUGGAUCAAACAUUUUGAGUUAUCUGGCAGGCAUUUCAAUUUAUUAUCCUUUUUGGCGACUGCAAAAAUCCAAGUGGCCGCUGUUUUACAGUACAGAUGCUAUUUAUUACUUGAUAAUAGCUGUGGAUAAAAAGUUACAUAAUUUUAAAGGUUGUUGUUUUAGAUGAUGUGUGAUAAGUUUGACCUGAUUGUAUGGAUAUUUAUUAACAUGUUAAUUGUAUUAUAUGUAAAGAAAAUGAAUCCUAAUUUUUAAACUGUUCUGUUGACUUGUAAUGUAAAUGCUUCAUGUAGCUUAAAUACAUACGGGGUGUUGGAUGUAUGCUGAAAACGGCAAUAAAACAAUGCAGUUGUUCUUUUACA